AUGGCCACCGAAAACUCGUCUCUUCCUACAACCGCACUGGGAGAUUCGUGGGUUAUCCCCGGCUUAGGCGAAACAAAUAGCCAGGAACGUCGCAAUAAUUCGUUACACAUCGACAACAGUUCCCAAGAGGUCAUCUCCCUUUCACAAGAGCCACCUCUGACACCUCUUUCUUCCUUCUCAGAGAGCGAAUUCCUCGCCGACUACGAGGACCCCGCCCCGGUCACCUCGCAGCCCGAUAUCUCAGACUCAACCGCAUCAAUAGCAUCAUCCGGGCCGGAGCUUGUAAUGCCGUCCAUCAUGUUUGAAAGCAAAUCUACAAAUAAUGGCUCUUGGGUAAUUCCCAAGAAGCGUAGCAAACAAAGACUAUACGAAAGUCGCAAAGCGCCUAAAAUGCCAAAACAUCGCUCCCCAUCGCCCGACGAACAACCAUCAGCGGCUGUCGGUGAGGCAGCGCCGGUUCCCCGUCCAGCCAGUGGUGUGAAACAACAGCUCAGCCAAGUGAAGCGCCACUUGGAUCAGAAGCUAAACCAAAACAGCGUUUUCAGGAUCUUGCUCAACUCAUUCUUCCUAUUCAUGACGUUGCACCUACUCGUUGUUCCGGAACUCCUUUACCAGGUUCCCUCGCUCUGUCAGGUCUCUGCUGCCUCCAAGCUAUAUAGCAAACAGUGCUCAAGAUUCAACGAGACCUCGUCGACCAUUCCCGGUAUACCGACAAAAUUCCAGUCGGCCCUUCGGACGCAAAAUCAACUGCAUGACUAUCUUAACCACACAAUCCAAGCAAUUACGCCCUUGGAAAAACCUUUGAAAGAGAGUGAGGUUGUUCUCCGUCAGCUAUACACCAGUGUUCGGACAGAAUACUCUGGGGCACGUAAUGAAAUUGAUCUUGAAUUUCAAGGCAUCUGGGUCGUUUCACGCUCCAUAUCACGGGAUUUCAUGACUCUCAAAGUUGACGUGGAAGGAUUCAUCAAUAACAUCCAGUCUCAAAAAACACUAUCUGAUCACCAGCGCCUCGCAAGGGAUACCGCGAACCCAAAGACGCAUUUCCUCUGGCGAUUGUUUUUUUCAUCACGAGAUAUCCCCGAGGCCGAAAAACAAGAAGAAAACGGCCUCGCUUUGACCAACCAGUUCAUUCGUCUCAACCAAGAUCUAGAUACAACAAUCGCUCGUCUGAGUCAGAAAGCCGAAUCGUUUCUUUUACAUUUGGCAAAAGUGGACGACCAUCUCGAAUCAAUGAAGGCUGUACUGGUCCGCGAGCAACAACGCCUCAUUCAAGACUCCCAGGAUUUCAACCAACUAGAUGGUGUCUGGGAUACUCUGAGGGGGAUUUGGCCUGGAUCGAGUGACUCUGCUGGAGGAAAGCCCACGUUAGAUGACAACAAAAACCUGAGUGAACUAGAGCGCAUAUCCUCUUACCAUGGACUAAUAGCUGAUAUCAUCGGCAAACUUGAUAAAGAGUUGAAAGCCUUGCAAAAAAUCCGCUCCAUCCAGGCUUAA